UCACACUCUCACCUUCAGUCAUGUCCGCUCUAAAGCUCGCUCUUUUGGCAACUGCCUUGCCCUUCCUCGUGCUAGGCGCACAGAAACGCGCGACAUCAGAAACAUUCCAGCUCUACGCAUACGGAGAAGGAAUCGGCGGCCCGACUCUCUUCUACGCGGAUGGAUACGCCUACGUCGGCGAUCCAAACCUGUCAAACAGCACCGACGCCGCCGCGGUAAUCUUUUCGACGGGCACCGACCGGACGUGGUUGGGCUCGCCCAAUACCACCAACACCACUCACACGCCCAGCUGGUCCAACGUAACCAUGUUCGUGCCGGCUGCGGGGUCGUCGGAUAUGCGCGUUGGGUUCCUGGAUAGUGGGAAUUCGUCUGACAGCACUCAUAUCACCACCGGCUUUUCAUUCUAUGGCAACACGGCCAUAUUAAUUGGCACCGAUGGGAGUUUGGAGACGAUGUGGACGGCUCUGGAAACGGGCGCGGGCGUGUAUGCGCUGUAUUGGAACGAGACGGCGAGCGGGCAGGUGCCCGUCACGUUGAGGAGGGUUGCGCCUUCGAGCCCGGCUAGCCGUCGUCGCUAGUACGACUUUGUUAUCGAUGUCGCUCUUUGUGAUGGGUAGAUUUGGUCGACCUGCUGUCUGAGUGCAAAACAAAUCAGUCGCAGAAAGUAGGAUACGAACAUGUUCAUACUAUCCGCUUGGUUGCCUAGUUAUAUCUUUGAUGUCAAUGUUCGUGAGUCCGAAGUUCUCCGGUACCACUCAAGGCAUCUAGAG